AAGGCAAAAUUCAAAAUGGCAACUACCCUUAUGUGUUGUUGCGAUACUGUUAAAUAAAUGCAGUAAAUUAUCCGUUGUGAGACAGGUACCGCGGCUUUGGACUUAUUGUGGAUGUGUGGACAAUCGAUUUCAAGAGCUGUUUCGCUGAAAAUUGAUGUGUCAUUGACCAUAACGGACACUGGUGAAAUUGCGUAUCUCUUUCAACAAAACAUCUCAGAGUCGUAGUAAUGUCGGAGUAAAGCCCAGACGUGGCGCCUCUGGCAAGGAAUUGUUGCGGGAUCAUGGAGAGUGACUGUCGGAUCCCAACGACGUGUUGUAGGCCCAGGAUUCUGGUCCUCCACGCACUUUUCUGGGGGCUUGUGUCUCUCAGGGUGUUUGGGGCUUCCAUUCUCUCAAAAGAAGAAAAACCACCAGUGACCAGGCCCAUCACCACUCCUUGUUGGCAGAUAGAAGAAUUUGUGGUAGCCACAGAGUGCUCCCAAUGCAAUGCAUUUCAGACGAAGACAUUGCCUGAGUGCAGUCUAACAGGAUACGUGGAGCGGAUCAAUUGUACCAAAACCAGCAAAGAAGUCCAUAAGAGCUGUCGUUCCACUCUCUUGGAGGAGCAUCUCUUCUGGAAGUUUGAAGGAGCCAUGUUGGGCCUCACUGUUCUCUUUGCUCUUGUGGUGGUUGCCAGGCAACGGUCUUUGGACCGCUUGGCAUCAGAGAAGGUCCGCCGGCAGAUAGAGUCCAUCUAGCGCCUGGACAGGAGCCGCGAGGUCACAUCCUCCUGCCUUGGUCCAACAGGGGAGCCCAUUUUCCAGAGCCAUACUAUGCUGAAUAAUUCAAUGAGAUUGAGACACAAGAGGCCAAACUCGCCUCCCCAAACAAGAAGCUGGCUUGUCUGACCUGAGCUGACUCCGCUGUUUUGGCCACAGGCUCAUAUUGAGCAUGAUUUUGACUUGAAUGAUCUUUGAUUGCGUCAAAACUGAACUCAGGUCAGACCAGACAAACAAACAAACAAACUCUCCAAAUGGUCAGCAGCUUGUUAUUCACCGUCCAGCUUCUGGACAUACUGUAUCAAGACAUAUCAAAACAAACAGCAAACCCCUUUGAUGUUUUAUGCAAUCUAUGCUCAACCAGUGGUUUGACCUCAUUAUUUAGAGAUGUUAUUGGUACAGCGAGCUUGAGAAAACCAUGGGAAGGAGUUGACAUUGAGGACACUGAAGUUAAUUAAGGGGACUUCUUUUAUUUACUUGUGAAUGUGAGCCACUAAGAUCAUUGCAAAGAAAUGGACCUCUAACUACAAGCAACCAAAUUCCAUGGACUUUUCAAAGCACAGUAGGCAUAUUGGAAGUGCUCAGAGCAGAGACAGUAUUUUGAAUUAUGUGAACUGCCAGGGGUCUUAAGGAGAAUUUAGAAUUUUAAAAUACUAGUAGGUUAAAACAUUAUAAAGUGUAAUAAGUACGUUUAAGAGUCCUGCAAGACAUUUCCGGUGAAAAGUGUUGCUCACCUCUCCAGAUUAGCCUUAUUUUACCUCUGGUAUCUUGUGUGUGUGAUUUUCUUAGUCUUGCGCUUGUAGUGUGAUUCAUCUUAAGUAGCAUACACGUAGCCUUGAGGCAUGGUAGCAUCAGCUCCAUCCUGGCAUCACAAGUUUGUGGACGUGUGGAUGAUGUCGCUAAUAUUUAUGCUAUUUACGGUGAAUCUCUGUGCUGUUCUUGAAUACCUUCACCAGAGUUUUUGAACUUGGUGCGGCAACCACAAUCCUAAUUGAAAAGUAAUUUGGAAAGAUAGACAGUAUUAUCGUUCUCAUUUGAUAAUUGUUUAAAUAUUCAUGAAUUGGAUAAUUUCUGCAUGCAGUUGACUCUGUGAUAAAAGUAGUGUUUUUCCCAUAAUACUUAAAAAAAGGUAUUUUAAGCAUUCUGAAUAUCAUGGGGGCAUUUUAUUUUAUUUUUUAUUUUCUUCUACAAGCCUUAGGGUAGACUGUUUUAAUUAAUCUCUAUAAAUUAAUCGACUUAAGCGUUGUCAUCUUCUUGUCUGUAGCAGAGAUGACUUUGCCCGAGGGUGAAUAACAUCCCGUAAAUGAUGUUAGGAGGGGGAAAAAGGUCUCCCAGGCGCUAUGACUCAGAUCAUCAAACAUGACGACAAACCCAACAUCCAGGUGUAAUCACUCUAAAAUAAGAUUUCACAUUUCUGCAGACAUGAGAUGACGCUUCCUGUCUUCUAAUUGUUUUUUUUUUUAUCCUGGUAUUUGUCAGGCACAUGGGUUUUUCCAGAGCAAUUUUUUUUUUUUUUUUUUUUUUUUUUUAAUGGGUUGUUUUUCAUUUCAAAUUUCCUGUCACUUUAGUUAUUUAGUCAAUGCAGUUCAAGCUUAGAGGUCCAACUACACCAAUUCCUAAUUUGCUAGUAAUGGUUGUGAGGGGUGAUGUCUCAGUUCGUUCUAAAUUGAUUAACCUUGAAUUGUUUUUGAUCUGUAGACUGUGGAGAGCAUGCAUGCAGGAAGGCUGAGCAUGCAUACAUGUGUGAGCAAGAGAGGAGUGUGUGUGUGUGUGAGCGCAAGCGGGUGGGGUGGCAAGGGGGUGCAUCACUUUCAUUCCACUUAAAACUGUUUUAUCCACAACUGAGUAGAAGAAGGGAACUAGAUGACGUGUGUGUGUGGCUGGGUGUGUGUGUGUGGCUGGGUGUGUAGUUGUGUGUGUGUGUGUGUGUGUGUGUUUGUGUAUAAGUUAGGGGGUGGGUGACGUGAUAUACUCCAAAACUGUAUUUGACUAACGAUUUUACUGAUGAAUCCCCCACUUAACUGUAAAUACUGUAUUUUUAUGAGAUGUAACAUAUGUUUCCUAUUGUCGGCAGCAGACUGGCUCUAUGCUGUAAUAAAAGAAAUGGGAAAACU